AUGGCUCAGAUGAGGGGAACAGGCGGCUAUCGCCUUGGCGCUCAGAACCACUUUGGUGGACAACAUCGCGAGGGCAAUUCGGAAGCGAGUACGCUCGAUGCGAUACGAGAGCAGACGUCCAAGAUCGAGGAUAUUCUGGAUACAUACAGCGAGCCCAUCAAGCCUUACCUACCAGCCAUCGGCCGCUUCCUGAUCGUUGUUACAUUCCUCGAGGAUGCGCUGAGAAUCUUGACACAAUGGAGCGAUCAAUUGCUGUAUCUGCAUGACUACCGAGGGUUCCCCAACGGCCUCAACCACAUGUUCCUCAUGGUCAACGUCCUGACCAUGGUCGCCUGCGCGACCCUCGUCAUCAUCCGAAAAUACUCCGAUUACGCUGUUGGCGGCCUUAUGGGGGUUGUGGUUGUCCAAGCCUUCGGAUAUGGCUUGAUUUUCGACCUCAACUUCUUCCUCCGAAACCUCUCCGUCAUUGGUGGCCUCUUGAUGGUCCUGUCAGAUUCGUGGGUCCGGAAGACAAAGGCCUUUGCUGGACUUCCCCAGCUGGACGAGAAGGACCGAAAGAUGUACUUCAUGUUGGCUGGACGUGUCCUCUUGAUCUUCCUGUUCAUUGGUUUCGUCUACAGUGGGGAGUGGUCGGUCUGGAGAAUCCUUGUCAGUAUCCUCGGGCUCGUGGCCUGCGUCAUGGUCGUGGUUGGAUUCAAGGCCAAGUUCAGCGCUACUCUCCUGGUCGUUAUAUUGAGCGUUUUCAACCUCUUGGUGAACAAUUUCUGGACUCUCCACGAACACCACCCCCACAAGGAUUUUGCCAAGUAUGAUUUCUUCCAGAUCCUGUCGAUCGUUGGUGGUCUCCUUCUCCUCGUCAACAGCGGGCCGGGACAAUUCAGCAUCGACGAGAAGAAGAAGGUCUACUAG